ACACAGAUUUAGCAAAUCCUCCGUCAGAAUGCUUAGUCAAGGAUCCCUGCCUGGCAGAGAGGGUAGCUACAAAACUGGGGUUUCUGCCUUUUCACUUUACCUUGGAGAACCCUUUUUUUGUUGUUGUGCUUUUCUGGUUUUUUGUUCUACUUCUUGCUGGCUCCGUGUCUCCUGCCUGCAGCCCCUGACUUGCAGUCUCCCUAGUGACCUGUGCAGUUUCAUCAAGGCAUCCAGUCCCAAGUCUUUCACUUAGGUUAGCCAGUUGUGGGGCUCUGAGCACCCUCUGAUCUUGUCUCUUUAACAUACUGGAUCUACAGUCUUCAUGUGGUGAGUAUGUGGUGAGCCAAGGAAGACUGGGAUAGGAGUGACUCUGCAGUGCAAAUUCUUGCUGAUCUUUUAAAUGUGAUGCUUCGGGAUCCCAAGUUCUGAUCGCUUAGAGUGCCCUUUGGGGCAAAGCACUGCAGAAUGGAGAACUAUAAGAAGACCAAGAUUGUGGAGAAACCUUGUCCCCUUCCUUUCACAAACCUGCCCCCUGAUAUUAUUGAAAUGAAAGUGAAGGAUGGGAGCAAAAUCAGAAAUAUCAUGGGCUAUGCCAUUGGCAAGAUGGAGCUGGACUCAGUGAGGCAGAUUCUUUUCACUGGCUCAGGCAAGGCUGUCAGCAAGACCAUUACCUGCGUGGAAAUCAUGAAACGAAGGCUGAAAGAGCUGCACCAGAUCACCAAAGUGCUCUUCAGACAGAUCGAAGAGAUCUGGGACCCCAUUGUGCCUGAGGCAGGUCUGGAUGCCUUGACAGUGAAGAGAAACAUUCCUGCCAUAUGUGUCCUACUCAGCAAAGAUGCCCUCGAUCCUCAGGAACCAGGAUACCAGGCUCCGGGCUCUGUUGAUGCCUUCUGCAUUGAGACACUUAAAUCAGAGUCCCAGGGCCAGAUGAAGAGGAAGCAGGGUGGAGGAAGGGGAGCUGGCAGCACAGGGAAGCACCCUCGAUCUGCUGGAGCAGGAUCUGGGGAGCCCUGCACAAAGUCCUGAGGUGCCACCGCCACUUUUGGGUGUAGUUUGGGGAUUUACAGAAACGAGCCAGCUGCUAUAGCUGGAAAGCUGCUGCUGAAUACGGGGGCUUGCAGAGUUGGUGGGGGGAGGGCAGGAGAAGUUAACUCUUUCCAAAUGGAUGUGACUGUAGCUGUCUGAAAUGGCGUUUUGACAAGUUCCCUUGUCAAAGGCUGCCAGGCUGUACUCCUGAGCAUGUGGUUCAGGGAAAAAUGGGAGUUGUGUCUGCUGGAGCAAGGGCUGUUGGCAUCUUGUCAGGGAGCCCCAGCAAGCAGAUGCUCACCCAGAGGGUUCCAGCUGACCAGGGCAGUGCAGCAGGCACGUGUGGCCAGUGGAGAUGACUCUUACUGUGACACAGAGAAGAGGUGGGACCCAACAUGGAUUAACCUAGUGGCCACCUGCAUCACCAGAACUCGUGCAGUCAAGCAGUGAGGUACGGGUUGGGUCAGCCACUUUGUGCCUCAUGGUCCAUCUGCUGAGCCUGUCAGGCAUUUUGGAUGUGGGACUGCAGGGAUACGACUCUGGGCUUGUGUGUACAUGGUGCCCUUUUUGUCUUCCUCUCACCUCAGUGGGGCUGAUGGUUACACCUUGCUCUGCAAAAGUGGCAGGAGUCAACUUGGGAUGUAACCAGCCUGAAAUCCUGCAGGUGGGGUGGUGGUCACAGUAAGCUCCAAAGGACCUUGUUCUUUCCCCUUUCUGCUCCUUUGUAUGUACAGAGAUGGGCUGAAAAUAAAAUUUCCUCUUUGUGUAA